CCUUGAUGAGGAGGACAGUAGUGGAUGGGGACCCAGAACUCUGAGUUGUAGGGGGACGGGGCUACAAGGGGAACCCUUGGGUCCUGGGUAAGGAGGCUGUGACUCCUGUGUCCUUGAGAAGGGGCUGGGAGGCCGGCGGUGAGUGGGAGAGGGAUGAGUCGUUUGACUUACGAUGAAAGGAGGCUGGAAACCCGGGUUCUGGAUCCUAGGGAAGAGGGCGCUAAAAUGAAAGACUCCUGGGUCCUGGAGGGAAGCUUCGGGGAGACUAGAUACCUGGGUGCUGAACAGGGAAGCGGAUGGGGAGAUGGGACUUGUGUGUGCAAACCUGGGAAGCUGCUGGGGUUUCAGACCUGUGGCCCUAACAGCAUGGUCUAGGGCAUAAAACUCCGGAUUUGAGAGAGAGCUGACUGGGAGAUAGGAGGCCUGAGCUGCAGUGGGAGGACCUGAGGACCUGGCUGCUUGAGAAUAAAGAUGAGAAGGGCUGGGGACGCUAAUCCUCCGUAGGGAGAGGGCUGCGGGCCUGAAUGCCUGGGCUUUGAAGGAGCUGAAGGCCUGAGCUCUUAGUUCCCAGUAGAGGAGCCAGGGCCUGGGACACAUGCGUACUCGAAUAGGGAAGGCUGGGAAGUCCUAAGUUAGGCAGGGGCUGGGCCCUAGGAUGGGAGUGGCUGGGAGCCCGCAUUUCUGUGUCUUGGGCUCCAAAAAGCUGAGGUUCUGACCUUGGAGAAGGCUGGGGCUCAAAUCCCCAGGAACAAGCCAGUCCCCGACCUCAAAGAGCAGGUGAGAAGCUGAAUCCGUCAUGAAGAGGGAAUCUCCCUCACCGGGUUAAACCCAGCUCCUGUGAGGUGGGAACUCAGGAACCCGGGUCCAGUGGGUGGCAUCUACACGGUGCUGCAGACGAAGGCGAAGGUGACAGGGGAUGAAUGGGGCGACAACUACUACCUGGUGGGGCCGUACACGGAGCAGGGCGUGAGGACCCAGGUGGAGCUGCUGGAGGCCCCCACGCCGGCCCUGAAGAGGACACUGGACUCCAUGAACAGCAAGGGCUGCAAGGUGUAUUUUGGGCGCUGGCUGAUCGAGGGAGGCCCCCUAGUGGUGCUCCUGGACGUGGGGGCCUCGGCCUGGGCCCUGGAACGCUGGAAGGGAGAGCUCUGGGAUACCUGCAACAUCGGGGUGCCGUGGUACGACCGCGAGGCCAACGACGCUGUCCUCUUUGGCUUUCUCACCACCUGGUUCCUGGGUGAGUUCCUGGCGCAGAGUGAGGAGAAGCCGCACGUGGUUGCACACUUCCAUGAGUGGUUGGCAGGCAUUGGACUCUGCCUGUGUCGUGCCCGGCGACUGCCUGUGGCAACCAUCUUCACCACCCAUGCCACGCUGCUGGGGCGCUACCUGUGUGCUGGUGCCGUGGACUUCUACAACAACCUGGAGAACUUCAAUGUGGACAAGGAAGCAGGUGAGAGGCAGAUCUAUCACCGCUACUGUAUGGAAAGGGCGGCAGCCCACUGUGCUCACGUCUUCACUACUGUGUCCCAGAUCACUGCCAUUGAGGCACAACACUUGCUCAAGAGGAAACCAGAUAUUGUGACCCCCAAUGGCCUGAAUGUGAAGAAGUUUUCUGCUAUGCAUGAGUUCCAGAACCUCCAUGCUCAGAGCAAGGCUCGAAUCCAGGAGUUUGUGCGGGGCCAUUUUUAUGGGCAUCUGGACUUCAACUUGGACAAGACCUUGUACUUCUUUAUCGCCGGCCGCUACGAGUUCUCCAACAAGGGUGCUGACGUCUUCCUGGAGGCCUUGGCCCGGCUCAACUAUCUGCUCAGAGUGAACGGCAGCGAGCAGACAGUGGUUGCCUUCUUCAUCAUGCCGGCGCGGACCAACAAUUUCAACGUGGAAACCCUCAAAGGCCAGGCCGUGCGCAAACAGCUUUGGGACACGGCCAACACGGUGAAGGAAAAGUUCGGGAGGAAGCUUUACGAAUCCUUGCUGGUUGGGAGCCUUCCGGACAUGAACAAGAUGCUGGAUAAGGAAGAUUUCACCAUGAUGAAGAGAGCCAUCUUUGCCACGCAGCGGCAGUCCUUCCCCCCGGUGUGCACCCACAAUAUGCUGGACGACUCCUCAGACCCCAUCCUGACCACCAUCCGCCGAACUGGCCUCUUCAACAGCAGUGCCGACAGGGUGAAGGUGAUUUUCCACCCGGAGUUCCUCUCCUCCACAAGCCCCCUGCUCCCUGUGGACUAUGAGGAGUUUGUCCGUGGCUGUCACCUUGGGGUCUUCCCCUCCUACUAUGAACCUUGGGGCUACACGCCGGCUGAGUGCACGGUUAUGGGCAUCCCCAGUAUCUCCACCAAUCUCUCCGGCUUUGGCUGCUUCAUGGAGGAACACAUCGCAGACCCCUCAGCCUACGGCAUCUACAUUCUGGACCGGCGGUUCCGCAGCCUGGAUGAUUCCUGCUCGCAGCUCACCUCCUUCCUCUACAGCUUCUGUCAGCAGAGCCGGCGGCAGCGUAUCAUCCAGCGGAACCGCACAGAGCGCCUCUCUGACCUUCUGGACUGGAAAUACCUAGGCCGGUACUACAUGUCCGCACGACACAUGGCGCUGUCCAAGGCCUUUCCAGAGCACUUCACCUACGAGCCCAACGAGGCGGAUGCGACCCAGGGGUACCGCUACCCACGGCCAGCCUCGGUGCCACCGUCGCCCUCGCUGUCACGACACUCCAGCCCGCACCAAAGCGAGGACGAGGAGGAUCCCCGGAACGGGCCGCUGGAGGAAGACGGCGAGCGCUACGAUGAGGACGAGGAGGCCGCCAAGGACCGGCGCAACAUCCGUGCACCAGAGUGGCCGCGCCGCGCCUCCUGCACCUCCUCCACCAGCGGGAGCAAGCGUAACUCUGUGGACACGGUCACCUCCAGCUCGCUCAGCACCCCCAGCGAGCCCCUCAGCCCCACCAGCUCCCUGGGCGAGGAGCGCAAUUAAGUACCCCCCACCAAACUCCCCGCCUGUCCUGCCUCCCUGCUCCAGAGAGAGGAUGCAGAAGGGCUCUGCUCCUAAACCCCCGCUCCAGAUCCCCACUGGGCAUGGUCCCACAGUCCCCUCACCCAGUCCUCCAAACACUCCAGCCCCUCCAGCUCCACUUUCCGAGUUCCUGCACUCCAGAGUCCACAAAGCCGUGCCUUUCUCUGGUUCCAGAAUCCAUAAGCCCCGCCCUGGAAUCCCCGAGCCUGGACUGCUUCCCAGGGGCCAGGAAUCUGCCGUUACUCUGCCGUGGUGCCAGAGGUUUUAGGAAACCUGGCAUGGUGCUUUCGGGUCUGGGGCUCCUAUGCCCCCAUGUGGCUUGCAAAUUCUGUAGCAUACAGAGCAGCCACCUUCCACCAAGUGGUGUCCCUGCUCAUGGAGGAAUCAAGUCCAGAGCCAGGGUGCUUUCAGAGUUUGAAGGUAACCAAGAGCAGAUGGUCCUCCAUCUCAACUCCAGAACUUGGGCUCUGGGAUGGGCUCAUGUUCUAGACCUCCCUGGCCUGUCUGGCGCUGCCUAGAGGAUCCCUCCAUCUGGCUCCUGUCAUCCUCUACACUUCGGCCCAGCCAGAGGUGGCAAAACCCCUUGGCUGCUCAUUCUUUCUGGAGGGCACACAGUCUUGGUCCAGAUGCCUUCCUAUCUUUCUGGCCUUUUCUGGACCAGAUCCUACUCCUCCUUUCUAAAUAUAAAAGCUCCCUCCAGGGAAUGUGCCUGCAGGGGACAGAGCUGGCUGUCUGUCCCCCGCCCCCAACCUGGCUUAUUCCCAACUGCUCAGCUCACUGUGAAACCACUGGGUUCUAGGUCCCGCCUUCUAGAUCUGGAACCGUCCCACUUUGCUGCAUUCUGGUCCCUUUCUCAUGAUCCAGAACUGAGGUCACUGGGUUCCAGAACCCCCACAUUUACCUUGAAGCUCUUCCAUCCCAGACUGUGCCCUGCCUCCAGCUUUGGUGAAAGGGAGGACCCCUCACGUGUGCUGUGCUGUGUCUGCACCGAUUGGCUCUGCAGUUGGGAGGGGAGGGUAGGAGGGGUGUGAUUGGAGUGUGUCCAGAGAUGAGAUGAAAAAAAUAUAUCUAUAUUUAAGAA